AUGUCUUUGGAAAUUCGGUCAAUCGGAGAAGUCUUCAGUUAUCAAGCUACACCGCGGACUGAAUUUGUAGUCGGAAUGGGAGUCGUUAAAUCAAAAACAAGUGAAAACAUAUUACAUUCAACAUUAUCCAAUUUAUCCCGGUUGAUGCCGAAGAUUCAUGUUAUGUCGCUUUGUUGGUUCCUACAGAUGUUGUCUAAUUCUACGGGACUGUCACAAGUUUAUAAUGUCGGCUCUCGAAUAAAAGUCGAAGGCGCUGCGGAACUGCAUAACAAUGUUAUAUAUUGUGAAUUGCAACAUGCGACGUUUGUUAUUCUGAAAAAUACUACCUCCAACGACACCAACAUUGCAGUCUCUUCUCCGUUGCCGCUAUUGUCCGAAGCAUGCAAAUUGAGGACAUCAAUCCCAAUGAAGACGUAUCAAACGACACUCAGCCUGCAUCAAUCUAAUCAAACAAAACGAUUAAAUCCAGGCGAACAACCCUACGAGAUUUAG